AUGGGGCGGAGAAGCGCGGCUUUAGGGGGACUGCGCGGACCUGCAGUGAGGCGGGGAGGGGCAGUGAGAGUGAGCGCGCGGGGGUGGUGGGGCGACGGGGCGAGGGGAGCGGCGGAAGAGCUAGUGGAACAGGCGGGUGAAGAGGCUCUGUUGUGGGGGCGAGGCGGAGGGGAACGCGGGGACGGGGCGGGAGAGAAUGCGCGGAGAGGGGAUGGAGGGGGCGGGGAGCAGGCGAUGGCGGAAGAGGUGCUUGUGUGGGAGGUGCCGGGGCGAGCAGGAGGGGAUAGGCGCGGUAUGGGCGAUGGGAGUGAUGGGGUUGGCAGCCCGGAGGAGAGGAGACGGCAGCAGAGCAAAGCGAGCAGAGACUGGCGCAGCAGGGGUGCGAGCAGCGGGGCAGGCAGCAGUGCGCGGGGCAGCACAGGGGGAGGCACGGGGGAAGGCAUAGGGGGAGGCAGCAGCGAGGAGAUGCUGGUGCCGUCGGCGGCAGUGCUGCUGCUGCAGGGGCUGACUGCGGAGGCGAGAUGGCAGCUGGUGGACGUCUGCACUCAGGCCCUGCUUGCCCAGGCCGGUGCGAUCGACAGCAAGGCGCGCCAGCUGUCUCAACAGGACUGGUCCACGUAUUGCACGGACGUGAUUGGCCGGGCAGUGCUGUCGUCAGCCAGCAAGUGGCAGCAGCAACUGAUGGGCAGCAGCGGGCGGGGAAGAGGAGAGCGAGGGGGCGAGGUGGCAGCAGGGGCGAGUGGUGCUGCUGCUGCCGUUGGUGAUGCAGUUGGGUGGGGGAGUGGUGGCGAGCAGGAGGGGUUGAGAGGAGGCGGUAGCGAGGCAGACGGGGUUGCAGUGGGGGAGUGGGCGGGGAGGGAGUGGUGGGUUCAAGGGGAGGUGGUGAGGGGGGCAGUGGAGGAUGGGAGAUGGGCACUGUACUGCCACCUGCUGGACCACCUCCGGUUCACCCGGCAUGACGACGGCGGGUCUGACAGUCGCAUAGCACGUGUGGUGCUGGACGAUCUGGUGGUGGAGAUGGCAGAGGCGGCGCUAGUAGCCGUGAUAGAGGUGGCCAGCAGAUUGGACAGCCGCCAGUGGAUGGGCCUCUCCCUGCCUGCCCUUGACUCGCUUGACUCUUUUGACUCGCUUGGAGGGGGCUACAGUGGUGGCAGCAGGGGGACGGGGAUGGUGGGGUUGAGAGAGUCGCAAGGGGGGAUUGGAGGGUGGGAGGUGGACGGGGAGGGGUUGAGGGUUGCUGGACAGGGCAGGGGAGGCAGCAGCAGCGAGGGGGGAGUGAGCAUGGGUAAUGUGCUAUCCCUGUUCCGGGAGGAGUAUCGGUCCUCUCGGCGAUUCGAGAAAUUCAGGAAUGAGGUGGCACUGCGCAAGUGGCUGCGCCGCAACGUGACAUCGGUGGUGGCCAUCUUUGAGGACCGCUUCCUCCUCUGGGGGCUGCGCUGCUCCUCCCCGCUCCCCAUGCCCCUUGCCGCCCGCCCAGCCCUGUCACAGCAGCAGCAGCAUGCGUCUCAGCUGCCCCCAGCGUCAUCCCCCAACGACUUCCUCAGCGCCUGCAGUGCCACCGCAAGGAGCCCUCUGCUCUGGCUGCAGGGGCUGCUGAGAAUAGGCAGGGCGAGCAGCACCGGUGGUGUGGGCAGCAGUGGUUCAGGCAUGGGUGCUGCUGUGCAGGUGGGGGGGGCUGGGGUGGGUGAGGAGGGGGGCAUGGGGCCAGCGAGUGGCACGCGGCCGUGGUGGCAGAGGAAGAGGAGGGUGGGGGAGCAGGGGCAGCAGGGGAGGGUGGGUGGGCCGGUGGGUCUGGUGCGGCGCAGCGUGGUGGGCAGCAGACGAGGGGAGUUGCGACAGCUGAGAGGAUGGAAGCUGCUGGUGGUGGUGGCGUUGGAGCUAUCGGAUCUGCUCAUUCCGCUCAUGAAGGCGGCCAUCACAGCAGCAGGCAGAGCCGUCUCCUUCCUCCUCGUUGCUCUCAUUGGUCGCUCGCUGGGCCUUGUGUACCGGGGCAUCAGGCAGAGCUGGGGGCAGGCUCUCUAG